GGAGAAGGAGAGAGCGCACGGAGAGAAAAGCAGAGCUUAGUGGCGAAGCAGCAGACACGAGUGAAGGGACCCCGUGGUUAUUUCCACCACCUCUCUCUCUCUCUCUCUCCCCCUCUCUCUCUCUCUCUCUCUCUCUCUCUCUCUCUCCACACAGCUUAACCUGCGCCUUCUGAGACGGACUUGGCCAUCGGGACUAGAGGCGAUACACCUUACCACCUUUUGGUUUUUGAACUCGUUUGAUUAAUCAGCAGACCCUGUGGUGGAGGGGGGGUUCUCAUUUCCCCCGCCGUGGACCGAGGAGUUUUGUGUGUUUAUGUGUUUUACGCGUUGCUUGUAAUGGGCAAAAGUGGACAGAGAAGUGGAAUAGGACGCGGGGGUUGCGGCUUGGUGAGGAUGUGCGCCACACCGGGGAUCCUGGUUCUCCUGGUGCUCGUACACCGAGGAGUCACCCAAGUGAGAGAUGAUGACGAUUUCCUGAGUUUGAGCGAACUCCCGGAAACCUUCCCUUCCGACCCACCGGAGCCCUUGCCUCACUUCCUAUUCGAACCUGAGGAAGGAUACAUUGUCAAGAAUAAACCUGUCAAUCUCUACUGCAAAGCAACGCCUGCCACGCAGAUUUAUUUCAAGUGCAACAGUGAGUGGGUCCAUCAGAAAGACCAUACUGUGGAAGAGAGGGUGGACGAAAACUCAGGUCUGGUGGUGAGAGAAGCCAGUAUAGAAAUUACACGACAGCAGGUUGAGGAGCUAUUUGGUCCUGAAGAUUACUGGUGUCAGUGCGUGGCCUGGAGCUCUGCUGGAACCACCAAAAGCCGCAAGGCACACGUCCGGAUUGCAUACCUGAAGAAGUCAUUCGAACAGGAACCCUUGGGAAAGGAAGUAUCUCUGGAGCAGGAAGUGCUGUUACAGUGUCGCCCUCCUGAGGGCAUACCAGCUGCUGAGGUGGAGUGGUUGAAGAACGAAGAGAUAAUUGACCCAGCGGAGGACAGAAACUUCUACAUCACCAUCGACCACAAUCUGAUCAUCAAACAGGCGCGUCUGUCUGACACGGCCAACUACACAUGUGUGGCGAAGAACAUAGUGGCCAAAAGGCGAAGCACUACAGCGACUGUUAUUGUUUAUGUGAACGGUGGUUGGUCAACAUGGACGGAGUGGUCGGUGUGUAACAGCCGGUGUGGACGAGGCUUCCAGAAACGAACCCGCAGCUGCACUAACCCUGCCCCUCUCAACGGAGGACUGCCUUGUGAUGGACAGGCCAUACAGAAACUGGCCUGUACCACACUGUGCACCGUGGACGGUGUGUGGACAGACUGGAGUAAGUGGUCAGCCUGUGGGACAGAGUGUACCCAGUGGAGGAGGAGAGAGUGCAACAACCCAGCACCUAAAAAUGGAGGAAAGGACUGCGAGGGGAUGGUCCUCCAGUCUCAGAACUGUACUGACGGACUCUGUAUGCAAAGUUCAUUUUUUCAGAAGUCUACUGAGCCCAAAGAAAAGAAUGAUUUGGGAAUCCCAUCUGCUCCAAGUACAGAUGAUGUGGCGCUGUACGUGGGCAUCGUCAUCGCAGUGAUUAUGUGCCUGGUCAUCUCUGUCAUCGUGGCGCUCUUUGUCUACCGCAAGACGCACCGUGACUUUGACUCGGACAUCAUUGACACCUCAGCACUAAAUGGAGGCUUCCAGUCUGUUAAUAUCAAAACAGCCAGAUCAGCUGAUCUACUGACAGCUCCACCUGACUUGACAAAUGCAGCUGCCAUGUAUCGUGGCCCGGUCUAUGCCCUCCACGAUGUUUCAGAUAAAAUCCCAAUGACCAACUCUCCUCUCCUGGACCCUCUUCCCAACCUGAAGAUCAAAGUCUACAACUCCUCCGGUCUGGUCACACCACAGGAUGACCUUGGUGGAGACUUCACAUCCAAACUGUCUCCUAAGGUAACUCAGUCUCUGUUGGAUAACAGCGACACCAUGAACCUUCGCAACCAGAGCUUGGCCCGAACACGGGACCCUUCCUGUACUGCUCAUGGAUCCUUCAACAACCAGGGAGGACACCUCAUUGUACCCAACUCUGGCGUGAGUUUGUUGGUUCCAGCGGGUGCUGUUCCUCAGGGUAGGGUGUACGAGAUGUAUGUGACUGUGCACAGGAAGGACAGCUUGAGACCCCCAGUGGAGGACAUCCAAACGGUGCUGAGCCCAGUGGUGAGUUGUGGACCUCCAGGAGCACUGCUGACCAGACCAGUAAUCCUCACCAUCCACCACUGUGCUGACAAUGUCCAGGAAGACUGGCUCAUACAGCUGAAGAACCAACUGGCCAUGGGAGAGUGGGAGGAUGUGGUUGUAGUGGGAGAGGAAAACUUCACCACCCCCUGCUAUGUGCAGAUGGACUCGGAGGCAUGUCACAUCUUAACAGAGACACUGGGGACAUACUGCCUGGUGGGCCAGUCAGUCUGCAAGGCAGCCGCCAAGAGGCUCAAACUGGCUGUUUUUGGACCCGUCUCCUGCACAACUUUGGACUAUCACAUUAGAGUCUAUUGUCUGGAUGACACACAGGAUGCACUCAAGGAGGUUCUUCAGAUGGAGACCCAGAUGGGAGGGAAGCUUCUGGAUGAACCAAAGACUCUGAACUUUAAAGACAGCACACACAAUCUGAGACUGUCAAUCCACGAUGUGCCACACACACACUGGAAGAGCAAACUCAUCGCCAAGUAUCAGGAGAUCCCAUUCUACCAGGUGUGGAGUGGCAGUCAGAGAACUCUUCACUGCACCUUCACCCUGGAGAGACUGAGCUCAGCCACCACAGAGAUCAGCUGCAAACUGUGUGUGCGGCAGGUGGAAGGAGAAGGACAGAUCUUUCAGCUCAGCAACACACUGGAGGAGGAGGUCCAGUGCAUAGACACGUCCCUGAUGGACCCUGCCAGUAAUAUCACCACCUUAGUGGGGCCCAAUGCCUUCCGCAUUCCUUUAUCCAUCAGACAGAAGCUGUGCGGCAGUCUAGAUGCACCACAGACCAGAGGCAAUGACUGGAGGAUGCUGGCCCACAAACUCAACCUUGACAGGUACCUGAACUACUUUGCCACCAAGUCCAGUCCAACAGGUGUGAUCCUGGAUCUCUGGGAGGCCCAGCAUUUCCCUGACGGAGACCUAAAUGAGCUGGCCGCUGUGCUGGAAGAGAUGGGUCGCCAUGACAGUAACUUCGCCUCCAUGACAACGGAACACUGACCAAGUAACGUGGUUACUGUGACAGUGGCAGAACUCUGGAGACAAUUACAUGUUAAUUCUCUACGGUUGAUACUGCAGCAAGGGCAAUGAACAAAUUAGGUGCGAGCAAAAGAAAAGUUGUCACCAUGGUGAUUGAGCACCAGUUAAAUACCAGGUUAAUCAUGCCGACAUGGUAACAGACUAAACGAGAAGUGCUCAAGCUGGUGCUGGAACUAUGUGUGUAUCUUCGUGUGUUUAUUUGAGCAACGCAGCAGUGUCGUUUGUGACCGAAGGAGAGAUAACCCAACUUACAACACAGAGUCUAUCAGGAACAAACAAAACAUACACGCCUAAAAAAAAAAAAAGAAAACCAUGUCCAGUGUAACACUAGUUGUUCUCUUGCUGUUGCUUUAUACCGAACAAAGAGAAGCAGAGACGAGAAAAAAAGAAGCAACGCAGGUACUGACCUUGAAAACCUCUAUAGGAAUAGAACAGAAUCAUAAAGGGAGGGAAGCUAAACUGAUUUAAAAAGAGUGAGAAGGUGGAGUUAGGAAAAGGAGAGAGUGUGUUAGAGACAAGACUCUUUAGUAAGAGUAAACACAGAGAGAAGCUAAACUGAUUACAAAAGGCAGAGAGGACGUAAACAUAAAAUGAUGGAAGAAGCCGCGGGUGAUCAUCCGUACGAACAGGAUGGAAAACAGAUAAUGAGAGAGGGGAGGCAAAGGCGUGAUCCCACUCUUCUCUUGUGAGACUUGGCUGUACGUGUUUGCCAGUACAGUUUGUUGUCUUUAUAUCGUUUCCUAGGGAACGCUCUAUGUAUUCUGCUGUCCAUAUGUGUGGAUCAUUUCCUGCUAACAGAAUUUGCUACACAGUAACUGUCAAUCAAGGAUCCUGACCAGAAACAAGCCCAAGACAAGAGUUUCCCUUUUUGGCUAUGAUGUCUAAAUUUGUGUUUUAUUAUGUAUUGAGUUUGUGGCUUUCCUCCAAAGUGCAUGAGUGAUAUUUAAUCAUCCAGGUUACAGGAAAUCUAGAGGUACUAAGUCAAAGGUAGCUGAACUUGCUGUCCACUCGCCUUGAACUUGUGCCUCUAAUUUUCUUAAAUAAGCCAAUCCAAAGAUGAUUAUACUCCAGAUGGAUGCAAGAAAAAAAAAAUGUUUUGUUUUCCAUUUUUAAGGUUGUGACAGACUUUUGAAAUUGUCUGUUUUGAGGUAUAUUUAAGAUUGCACUUAUGAUAAACAGAUAAACGAGCUAAAGAUGCCGACUGUCAGCUAUUCAUUCUCACGCACAGUAUACUACAGUACAGUACACUAAUAUGUUAGUUUCAAAGACGCAAGCAUUCGCUCGUUUUAAAGUUGUAUACAACAACUUUUGCGCUUCAUGCAGCUUCACACCACCACAAGUUUGAAGCAAUGUAACGAUGAUCUUUAAGCUGCGAAUGCAUCUCAAACUAAAAUCGAGUGUUAACGUGCUAUAUGCAGUAAUGCUGCUGCUCUGUUUCCUCCCCAAAGAGGAGCUGUUUGGUGAUGCAGGGUGGGGAACUCCAGCUGUGGCUACCACAUUUGGUUAACCACGACCUCAAAUCCAGGAGUCUCUCUGUGAGACUGUCGGGGCUUGUUUCUGGACUGGGUCCAACUCAGAGAAAAGUGAGAGGAAGCAAAAAGGGAUGAACUAAAAAUACAGUAAUAUACAAAGUACCAUAGUAUUAUGUGAUAGUGAAUUAAAUACAGCUGAUAUCAUUCAUUACCGCUAAAUGUACCCAAUAUACAGAUUUUAUCAAUCCUAUUUUCAUUUACUAAAAUAUAUAUAGCUUACAUAUAUAUAUAUAUAUAUAUAUAUAUAUAUAUAUAUAUAUGCAUAUAUUUCUUUCAUAUGUCCCAUCAUCACAAGAUGUCAGUUGUGUUAUCUGCCGUCAGGCCACAUGUGAUUUCAUUUGUGAUCUCAACCAUGACUUUGCUGGUCACUAGCACCAUCCAGUGGCUUUUGAAGAAUAACAGCAUUUACGUUUUUUUUUAUCGUCUGAAACGUGUAAAUACAUGAUUAUCAUGUUCAUUCUAAUGACCCUUUAUUAGCAUAAUAAUUUUCUUCAGUGGUCAUUCUUGUUUUAUUUUACAUUAACUUUGUUUUGCCAUUUUAAUGUUUUUAGGGGGUGGGAUGAAAUCUGUAACAUAUCAGUUAGUUGCCCUUUAUCUAAAAACCUGUUCUGUCGGCACCUAACAUUCCAGUUCAUGGUGUAUUUGUUGAAAAAGUUGCGAUUUAGAGCUAAAAAUCAAGAUACCAACUAAAGGGGCUUAUGUAAAAUGAAGUGUAAUAUAUUUGUGUUUUGCAGAACAAUAUUGUGAACCAAGGCUGGCUUUCAAAUGUAUGCAUUGACUCAGGUCAACGGUGUCUGGUGAAAAAGGUGCAACUCCAACAAACCAGCUUUGAGGAACGACAAACAGCCUUAUUUUUGGUGGCUUUUGAAUAAUUGUCAGAUGCCCUUGGAGACGAGACCUCUAUUCACCAUGUAAAGGACAACAGGAACAUUCACUUCAAAGGAAAUACAUGUAAAAUAUUCAAAAACUGGGGUUAAGAUAUUUCUACUCUGAACUAUGGAGAGACGCCAUAUGAAACCGAACAUAUGUAGAGGAGAUACUAAGGAGGAUAUUGUAGAGAAAACCAAGCAGGCUGACAAACAAAGGCUGAGUUAACACCGGUGCAAAAGGUCAGAUUUUUACCUCUUCAUGACAGAUUUCAUCUUGGUGGUUGUCCACACAGGAGGAAACCUUGAGACAUUGAUUUUUCACAUUGAUUUUUCUUUCUUUGUUCAGUCGGUUGGAAAUAUGCGAGUUAGAAAUCCAACCUCUUGCAUCGAUGUAAAAUCAGGCGCAGUGGACGUGGAGGGCUCGAAACUAUGUAUGUUUUAAUUUCGAACAGCCUUAUUAAGCAAAUUAGGAAAAGGUGUAUGGUUAAAUGACUGAGUGGAUGUUUUAUAAGUUUUCAAAUGUAACUGCUGAUGUCAGAUGGGAAGAAAUUCAAAGGGAAGUAUUGUGUAAAUUUCAAGGAUAAAAGUCAUAAUUUGUUUCAGAACAAAAUAUGAACCCAAAGGUCAUGACGGUGUCUCUUUCAUACAAUGUGAUCAUCAACAUCUCUUACUCACUCAAAUGUAGAAUACAAGAUCAAAGUGUAAGUGGUGGACCAGGCACAAGGAAACAGUUGGUUAAGAAAUGUAAGUUACCAGUUACUGUGUAACUUUGCCCCAAAAUAUGAUUGAUGCCACGUUGUAAGUCUACAUGUUACCAGCAGGACAGACUGUUUGUUAAUGGAGUAGACAUAUGAGGAGAGCAAAUGUAGGCCUCCAGAAGGAGAUCAUUUGUGAUGUGAAAAUUAAGAAAGUAGUGUUAAGAUAUCAAAGUAUGUAAAAAUAUUUUCUAUCCACAGUAUGUUCAGUUGUGUACUGUCAGCUAUAUUUGGCAAAUUUCAGCAUAUAAAAAAGAGCAGUACAGUUAGAUACUAGUUUGUAUGUUUCAAGUUUUUUAUUUAAGUUUCUUUCCUUUUUUGUAAAAGCAGUGUCUACUAUGCAAACUUGGCAUUGGUUAUCAUGAUAGAAGUCUAUAAAUAGAGCUGUGCUUGUAAGUGCAUUUUUAUUUUACUAUCAGGAGUGAUUUGAUUUGAUUAGUGCGGGGUAGUGUUGGUCAAUUUUAGCUAAUUCUGGCACGCUUCAUGAAUCUUGCUCAAUCUUGCUGAAUGCUCGCCUCUAUCUUCUCUAAUUGUUUUCUGUACAAAGUGUAAGAAAGAAUUUUUAAGACAAUUAAUAAAUUAUAUUUAUAAGCAACGCUGAAAA